UAUAAAUUGCUUAUAUAAAAAAGUUUUCAUUUUGUACUAUAUACUCAAAAUUUUUUUAAUAAUACUAACUUUAAUGGGAAAAACUUUACCAAUCUAUUCAGAUAGAUAUUGUUUUUGUUUGAUGUAAUAUGCAUAUAAAACUGUCAUGGGUCAUAGGUCAUUUUAUAAACAAUUAAAGAAUAUACAGUGGUGUUUAGGAAAGAAAAUUGAAUAUGGCUGAAAAGGGAGCACAUUUAACUGGGACUACACUCAUAAAACCUUCUAUCUUCGAAAUAGUAGCGCAAGAAUCAUUUGCUUCGACCGUUGAACCGGCUUUUAAAAAGAUUAUAUCGUUUAUUUUAUCAUUCAACUUUGAGAGGUAUGGACACCUUCUUAAAUGGACAGACGAAGGCUACUUGAUUUUCAAUAUAUUUCUUCAACGAUACUAUUUUAAGAAAUAUUCUGCUACCUUUUCUGAGGCAUUUUAUGGAUUAAAACGUGUAGGAAUAACAAAUUCCAAAGUUGGAACUAAUUUAUCGAAAAAUCAACAAAAGCUGUCUCUAUUAUUGGUUGUUCUAUUUCCUUACUUAAAGAGUAAGUUUUCAGAGUUGAGUCAGCGUUACAAACUUGAAGAAAUAGAUGGCUAUGAACCACAAACAAAAUGGGAAAAGUUAUAUCGCUAUUGUGUUGUUAAAGGAUAUAUAACAAGCUGUGCGAUAUAUGAAUCUACAAUGUUAUAUAAUUAUAUGCUUUAUGUUGCUGGAAAAUCAGUGUAUCAGUCGCUGCAAUUGAGACUGUUAUCUAUUACUUUAACAUAUGCUGAUCCACAGUCAAUAAUUAGCAUUUCCGAUCUAUUAAAGAAGAUACAAAAUAAUUCCUUUGGCAUUAAUGAUGGCAUAGAUAUACUGCAGCGAACAGUAACUACUUCUCUUGAAUUCGGAGCAUUUUUCCUUCAAUUCUUGUCCUGGUGGACUCAAGAAAAUCUCUACACAAAUUUAGUAACAUUACCUAUCCCACCACCUCCAACCAUUCCAGAAACUGCUAAGCAAUAUAAGGGUGUGUGUCCAAUUUGUCUCAGAACACUUAGGGUACAUACGGUGCUUUCUGUAUCUGGUUAUGCGUUUUGCUACCAGUGCAUUCUUCCUGUGAUACGCAAUAAUGGGAGGUGUCCGGUGACGAACUAUCCCGCGAAGGAGGAUGAUUUGAUACGUCUGUAUUUAGAUUAAGCAAUGUGAAUAUAUUUUGUUAUACGAAUAUGAAUGUAAAUAAAGGAGAUUAUUCUUUAAAAAUC